AUGUUGUUCUCUUCUCACGGUCUUCUUGCCUGUUCGCUCACCACGUUUGUUUUCUCAGGUGCUACGGUUGCCGAUGAUGCGAGGUCAAGAGCGCAGGAUGCUCUGAACACGCUUCAAGGCUGGUACAAUAACGGUACUGGUCUCUGGGAUACAUGUGGAUGGUGGAAUGGCGCCAAUGCCAUGACUGCUAUUGCUGAUCUAGCUUUGGUUGAUCCGUCUGUCAUGGACACCGCGACCUACGUUUUCAACAACACAUUGAUCAAGGCUCCUGCCCAGAACCCUCACCCGGGCCCCGAGAUCAAGAGCAAAAGUGCGCGUGAUUUGAACAUGCGGGUAAACAGCGCUGUCAAUGCCUCGGAGUGGGUUGAUUCGGCCUAUGAUGAUGACGCAUGGUGGGCCCUUGCAUGGAUUGCUGCGUACGAUGUCACCGAGGACAACCAAUAUCUUCAGCUGGCGGAAGGAAUUUUCGAUGACUUGACCAAGGCUUGGGGUACCCGCUGCAGUGGCGGUGGCAUUCCAUGGAACCCGAGCAACACCUACGUCAACGCAAUUACCAACGAGCUCUUCCUCUCUACCGCAGCACACCUUGCGAAUCGCGUGUAUUCGAGGAAACAGUACUACGUCGAUUGGGCACAGAAGGAGUGGAACUGGUUCGUGGCCCAGGGCUUCAUCGGUGCAAACAACACCAUCAACGAUGGACUUUUACAAAACUGCCAAAACAACGGUGCCACCGUCUGGUCCUACAACCAAGGUGUUGUCCUCGGCGGCCUCGUCGAGCUGAACAAGGCCGCACCCAACGACACUUACCUCGAGUUCGCUAACAAAAUCGCAAAGGCCGCAAUUGAGACCUUGACCGACUCCAACAAGGUCUUACAUGACUGGUGUGAGCCCAACAACUGCGAGCCCGACGCGACUCAAUUCAAGGGCAUUUUCAUGCGCAACUUGCAAAUGCUGCAGCGCGUAUCACCCCACGACAUCUACAAGGAGGUGAUCAUCAGCUCUGCGAACAGUAUCUGGGCCAACGACCGAAACGCAAAGGGUCAACUCGGCGUUGAUUGGUCUGGUGCGCCGAGCGAUCCCACGAAUGCUUCUACUCAGAGUUCUGCAUUGGAUGCCCUGGUUGCCGCUAUUUCUGUUUGA